AUGAGUCCGAAGACAUUCACGUCAAACAUUUCUUUGUCCACUUCGAUACUUGACUGCGAUUUGCAGCUAUUUUUAUACGAAAAGUUUGGUCGCCCUAUAAGUGAACUCAAUGGUAAAGUGGUUUGGAUUACCGGCGCCUCGAGUGGUAUCGGCGAGGCUUUGGCCUAUCUUUUGGCCUCACAUGGAGUCAAACUCGUCAUCUCCGGUACCAAUGAAUCCAGACUUCGAGAAGUGAAGGAACAAUUUUGCGGUCAAUUAGAAGAGAACGACGUUUUGAUAUUGAGUUUUAAUAUCAAAGACUUUUCAGUCCAUGAAAAACAAUUCAAUGCAGUUAUUAAACACUUCCAAAGGCUCGACAUUCUUGUGUCAAACGCUGGUCGCAGUCAAAGAGCUUCCUUCGAGACAAUUGACAUCGAAGUGGACAAAGAAAUGUUUGACGUGAAUGUCUUCGGACUCAUAAAUCUGACACGAAUUGUAUUGAGAUAUUUUCUCGACAAUCACAUGAAAGGACAUUUUGCGGUCACUUCGAGUACUGCUGGAAAAUUAGGUGUUCCCAACUCUGGCUCUUAUACGGCAUCCAAACACGCUCUACACGGUUACUACGAGUGUCUUCGAGUGGAGGCCCAGUCGAGAGGAAUAUCGAUCACAAUGCUAUGUCCCGGACCCGUCUUCUCACGCGUUCUCGAGAACGCGAUGUCAAACAAAUUGGACUCAAGUCAUGAAGUGGUCACUCAUAGUAAAGAUAAUAAACGAUUGGCCACUUCUCGAUGCGCUCAUCUCAUGGCUACAGCCAUUGCCAACACAUUGGAU